AAGUCACAAGGUCCCUGAAUUGAAAUAUAAGAAGAGAACAUGAUGCAUGGGUGAGUGCUACUGUUUGACUGCUGGUCACCUUACAGGAUGAGAACCCUCCAGACUCUGCUUCUUGUGGCUUUGAGCCUCUCUCUGGCCCAGUCCUUGGACUACAAGGCACUCAACCAGUUCAGAAAUAUGAUCUUGUGUGUGAUGCCUGACAGCUGGCCUGUUUUGGACUAUGCUGACUAUGGCUGCUACUGUGGAAAAGGAGGCUCUGGCACACCUGUGGAUGAUCUGGAUAGGUGCUGUCAAGUCCAUGACCAGUGUUACACUGAUGCCAUGCAGCAUGAUGAGUGCUGGCCCAUCCUUGACAAUCCUUACACUGAAUUCUACGACUACAGCUGUGACGAGGCAAACAGGAAGGUCACCUGUGGCAAAGACAACAACGAAUGUGAGAUGUUCAUCUGUGAGUGUGACAGGAAGGCCGCCGAGUGUUUUGGCAGAUCUCCUUGGAUCCCAGAGCAUGAGCAUCUGCCCAGUGACCAGUGUCAGUAAAAGCCAAACUAUAGUAUCAAAUUAGGAAUUCAUUCUUUGUUCUGAAUUACUUUAGGUUUUCAAAAAUUAGAAAAAACAGUUUGUUCAAAGUCAUGAGUUCUGUUUUGUUAAAAAGAUUUUAAUAACAUCCCCUUUGUCCAUCCAAGAGAGGAAGUAAUUGUGAAAAUGUUCUCCUGAGAAUAAACACUGUUAAUUCUGCA